AGAAGAAGAACAGAGCAUUUUACUCUUGACGCAUACUAUGAUUAGGUCAUUUGAAUCGUUUUCAAGCAAAACUUCUAGCGUGUACGUCUGCGUCUCUUACAAAAGUACAAUUUAAUUUUAUCUUAACCAAACUCGGUUGAUGCAGCUCGUGCAGCUCGGAGCUUGAAACGGCGUAGAAUGAGACGCCAGAAACUAAGCGCGAAAACGUGUCCCGCAUGAAUUUAACGCUUUGCCAUGUGCUGCGUAUCGUCUUUUGGAAUAGGUACCCUCCAACAACAGUGAAGCUCUAGUUUAUGCGGGCGUAAAUAUAGCGCGUAAAUAGUUGCAUUAUAUAGUAAGUCGCAAUACCUGAUUACUGGUUAUUACAUAAAAAUGAGUAAAGAUCGACCUUUAUUUUUUAUUAAUUAUUGAAACGACUUUUAUCGCAGUUAGUUGAAACCACCAGAUUGAAAUCGACUGUACAAAUGAAAUUUCUAGAAAUACUAUAAGCAGUACCGCACCGCAUAGAAAAGACUUCAGGACUUCAGUAUGCCACUAGAGUCCCCUGCAGAGCAAUUCACAGAUUACUUUGUUUACAAUGUCAUAUUUGUAUUCGGUCGUAAAUUAAUUCCCCGUCUGGAGUUUACUGCAAUAACCCUGAAUUGUGUCCACCGCACGAGGCUAGUUAUGUACCAAUAUUCACACUUGUUGCGCAUCAUUGUUCAGUGUUUUCCGAUGUGAAAAUGCCUAGAAAAACAAGGAUCUGCGCAUGCCAACGUACACAGAGUAAGCCUACUUCAACGAGGCGACGAAAGAGCAUCCGUCCAUAGGCAUUUGCAACCACAGCAAACAGCGCGCACGUACGUUGCUAUGACAGCGGUUGCACCGUAAACAAAUCGCGAUUCCAUGGUUGGUCGGUCAGUCCCAUUCCGUACCGAACCGACACCGUGCUUCAAUGUGACACAUGUGACAUUCUAUAAAUAAUCAUCGUUCAAUCCUCACCGACUGUCGUCCGUCGCAGUAGUCGCAAACCCGAUUUUGACGUACGGAAUUCCGCACCCACGCACCUACGCUGGGUUGUCCAUCUCCUCGAUCUAUCUAGUAGACACGUGUGAAGUUGUUCUUUGAAGUCGCCUACUGGGAGCUACCGAACAGUACUUCAUCAUCGCAUCGCAUGCUGCCUGCCCGCUUUCCGAAGCGUCUUGCGGAGUUGCGAAGGAAAUGAACCAGAACUGUGUCAUUUCCUCUCGGAUCGUUCGCCGUUCGUUCCUGUUGUUGCUGCAAUGCAAUGGCCAUACGCUAAUUAGCGUGAAAACCUGGAAGCCCUGGACAACAAGAUGCCACCAUGGAUAAUUCAUAUACCAUGGGCUUUCGGUCGCCGUCGAUGAACGCCCUGGCGGGACAGUCCAGCCCCGGACAGGGUCGUUCUUUGCGCGAAUACGAAGAGCAGAUGUCCGCCCUGCGAAAGGAGAACUUCAACCUCAAGCUGCGGAUAUACUUCCUGGAGGAAAAUGCCGGCAUCGGAGGAGGCGGCGGCAGUGGUGGUAACACGAGUGGCGGUGCGAACACUGGUACUGGUGCUGGAAUCACGGGUCACGGAUCGCCGACGGAUGGAACGAUCGCGCCGGAGAGUUUGUUCAAGCAGAACAUCGAUUUGAAGGUGGAACUGGAAUCCCUCCGGAAGGACCUCCAGGAAAAGCAAGAUCUCCUCUGCCAGGCGGCCAAAGCGAUGGAGAUGAUGGAGGAAAGCCAACGCAAGGCGGAACACCACCACCGAGAGGUGCUCUCCGACAUGGAGCACCGCUUAGAGAUGCUCCAGCAGGAAAUCAAACAAAUGGAAGCGGCUGAUAGGCAACACCAGCAUCAGCAGCAAGAGCAACACCACACUCACACAGCCAACAUCACGCGAAGUGCCCUUAACGAUACCAACCUGUUGGACAUUCUGGAAAAGCAGCAACAUCUCGAGCUGAACGUGGUCGAUAAGCUGCAAGCGCUGGACAUGGAUAACGUCAUCCGGCAGUGUCGGGCCCAGAACGAAGAACUGUGGCGGCAGGUUGGCGACUUGAACAGGCAACUGGAGGAAAAGCAGCACAAACUGAACACGCUAGAGGUACAGCUGAGCGAGAUGCGGUACGAAUGCGCCGAACUGAGGGACAAGCUGGAGGAGAACGAUCGGUCGACCUCGGAUGCGGAGGUCCUCAGGCUCAAGAAGGAUCUGUUCCAGGCGAAGUCGGAACUGGCGGAAAAGCUGUGCCAGCUGGAUGACACCGAAGUGAAGCUGAAGGAAAAAUCCGCCGAGCUGUUCAAGACGGCCAAGAUGGUGGAAAAGCUGGUGAAAACAAUCACCGAGCUGGAGAAGGAAAAUGCCCGCCUCAAGCGCAACUCGAGUCCCGAGUUGAAAGCCCCCGAUCCCGUAAAGAAGAUUGUCUCGGACCCCGGCAGUGCAAACCAUCCUUCAGCAACGGGGGCACCAAUGGAGCAGCCCAUCUUCGACCAGAAUCAACAAAUCGUAUCGCAGGACGAAUACGACAGCCUGUGUCUGAGGCUGAAAGCCCUCCAAACCAAGAACGACAGCCUCAUCCAGAAGCUCACCAGCAACUCGAACGACCGCAACGAGAACAUCAUCAUCAAGCAGCUCAACGAAGAGCUCAUCCAGGCGCGAGACGAAGCGGAAAAGUCUCAGCGCUGGCGCAAGGAAUGCGUCGACCUGUGUGCCAUUUCCACGGCUCGGCUGGAAGAACUGGCCGGGUUCCUGGACUCCCUGCUUAGGAACGAAGAAUUCAGUGGAACGCUCUCGAUAGCCCGCCGGAAGGCCAUCCGCAAAGCGGUAGACCGCAGCUUGGACCUCUCGAGGAGUUUGAACAUGUCCAUAUCGGUCACUCGAUUCUCGCUUCCGGAGAACAGCUUUGCCAAUCUGAGCAGCUUGACAGGCUUUUUGAAUGGAACCGAUCGGAGUCUCAUACUUGAGGAUGACGCCGAUAAGGAGAACCAAGGAAGUGCCGAGAAAGUGAUUGCCUCUUUGAAGGCAGAAAAUCGUGAGCUCCGGGGCCAGUUGGAGGGUCGCGGAAGUGCCAAGAAGGCGGGUCAUGCGGAAGUUAGGAAAAAGUUGAUCCCACUGAUGACCGAACCGGUGUCGGAUUCGGAAGCGUGGUCGGAACCUGAUAGGGAUGUUUCGUUGGCUAGAAUCGGACUGGAAGAGCGAUCGUCGCUGACGAAUUCCGGUGGUAAAGGGAAGAACAUCUCUGCACGAGGACUUGGAGGAGUGUUGCAGGAAUUCAGCUCUACUUCGGAGAAUGAAGGUAACGGAAGUCAUUUGAGGAAGCAAGGCGCUGAAUUGAAGCAACUGCAGGAAGCGGUUCAGGAGAAAGACAGCAAAAUUCUGGAAAUUCAGACUCGAAUGGUGGACCUGGACAAUAAACUGCAGGAGGAGAAGAUGAAAGCUGCGAGAACACAAAUGGAGUUGGAGAAUACACGGCAUGUGAAUCAGCGACUGGAAAAGGAGAAUAAUGAACAGUCUAGUAGCAUGAAAAAUAAUGUGAAGCGUCUCGAGGAAUUGAGUCGAGAGAUUCAUCAAAAGGACGAGUUUAUCGAGAAGCUCAAGAAAGAUCGCGACCAGGCGUUUGUCGACCUUCGGGUGGCUCUUAUGAAGCAUGACAGUCUGAAAGCGGAAUAUCAGGAUUGUCAACAGAAACACAAGACUCAAAUCGAUUCCCUUCUGGCGCAGGAACGGCAGCGGUUGGAACAACUGCGUCAAGAUCUGACCGAAUCGUUUAACAGCCAGUUAAAAGCCAAACAGGCUUCAUUCGAAGCUAGUCUGGAGGAAAGUUACAUCUCCAAGAACAUCUACCUGGAAAAGGUGAAGGAGCUUGAAGAGCUUCACAUCCGAUUAGAGGACGCCCAUCUGAAUUUGCUGAACAUGACGGAGAUUGAAGGCAAGAUGAAGCAACAAGUAACAGAAGCGGAGAAUUCCAUCCAGAAGAUGCGUAAAGCGCUGGAUGAAGCGACUCUGCAAACGUCCAAGGCGGCACUGGAGCGCACCAAAGCAAUGAACGAAAAGCGACUGCUAGAAGACGAACUGCAACACGUUCAACAAGACUUGGAAGCCGUCAAGGCCGAGAAGAAUGAACUGAACGCAAGACUGGUCGAGGUCCAGGCCAGGUUGCAACAGGUUCAGCGCUUACCGCCGCAGCGAUUGAACAGUUCAUCCGGUGCCGAAUGCUCCACAGCUUCCGGGUACGCCUCGGAGGAAUUCCUGUCGGUGGCAAAUCGGAAGGCUAAGGUCGAACCCGGCCUGCGAGUGGAAAACUCAUCUCCAGAUCUUGGCAUCGAAAGCGACGCUGGACGACUGUCCAAUCCGGAAACCAAUCCGAGGACGUCGGCUGCAACCGGCGGCGAAGGGGCGCUCAGUCCCGCUAGGCCGCUGCUCAAGACGCUGGAGCUUACGAAAUCGAUGAGCGAUCUGCUGAUGGAUCCAAAACAGGAAGCCAACCCAGAGCUCAACUCGUCCGCUCAAGCCACCGCCGACAGUACCAGAUCAGUUGUGCACGACUGUGCCAAAAUCGAGGCCGAUUUCGCCGAGCUGAAGCGCCGGUACAAGCAAACCCGGCGCCACCUGGAGCUGGCCUACGACAGUAUUAAGUCGUCCAACAAGCGCAAGGAGCAGCUGGAACGGGACAUCAAGCAGCAAAUCCAAAAGACCAACGUCGUGCUCAAAACGGUCCGCACCAACAUGACCAACGAGCUGGAGAAAUCCGGCUCCGGUAGUGCGCUUCCCCAGACCACCGAAACCGGUCGCAAGAGCUGAAGCUCGGGCUCGGGCUAUACCUAGACCAUGUGAUGUGAUG